CAUCGGGGGGUCCAAGUCACACACGCGUGCGUCUGUGGUGACGGCUAACCAAAGCCGUAACACCAGCACACAAAAAGGCAGCUCUCAAAAAACCCAGUGGAGAAGAAGAACAAACACACACUACACACACUAACUAUACCAAGUCGCAUUGCAGAUCUAAAGGUUUUGAUUGGAGUAUCUUUGGUUGUUAGGGUAUCCAAUGGCGACGCCGUUUCACCUUCCGGUUACUGCUGCGCAGGUUGGGACGUACUUCGUGGGGCAGUAUUACCAGAUCCUUCAGACUCAGCCUGAUUUUGUUCACCAGUUUUAUAGCGAUGCCAGCACGAUGCUUCGGACUGAUGGUAAUACCAGAGAGACGGCUUCGGCAAUGCUGCAAAUCCAUACCCUUAUCAUGUCGCUCAACUAUACUGGGAUAGAAAUCAAGACAGCACAUUCCCUAGAGUCUUGGAAUGGAGGUGUUCUUGUGAUGGUUUCAGGCUCUGUUCUUAUAAAGGAUUAUAAUGGCCGGAGGAAAUUUGUGCAAACUUUUUUUCUUGCACCUCAGGAGAAAGGCUACUUUGUUCUUAAUGAUAUUUUUCACUUUAUUGAAGAUGAACCAAUUCACCAGCUUCCAGCAGCCUAUUUCACCCAAAGCAAUCUAGAUUCCAAAGAAAAUGCUUCAACUGUUAUUCAGGAACCAGUAUCCAGUUACUUGUUGGGUGGAGAUCAUCAGGCUAGGGAAUUUGUAGCUCCAGCUAAUACCGAAGAAAAUGGUCCAAUCGAUGACUACAGUUUGUCAGAUGAACGGCUGCAGCAAGUCCCAGAAACUGAAAAUGUUCUGGAAGACAAUUUUACAGUACGGGCAAAUGGUUCACUUCAGAAUACAAUGAACCCUCUGAAAGACCAUCUCUCUCCUGUUGAAGAACCCAUUGGGCAGCCCCAAAAGCAUACUUAUGCUUCUAUUGUUACUAAAGGACAAUCUGCACCUCCUCAGCCCUCUUUUAACAAGACCAUUCCUCCUGUUUCCGAGUGGCAUCAUGUACCCGAGCCCUCUACUCAGGAUCCGGUUGCAUCAUCAAUUACCUUUGAAAGGUCUGGGGCAGAGGCUGCAGAGGACGUUUCAGCUUUGGAUGAUGAAGUUGAAAUAAAAUCUGUCUACGUGAGAAAUGUGCCAUCUAUGAUGUCUGCUUCUGAAAUUGAGGAGGAAUUUAGGCAAUUUGGUAGACUCAAGCCUGAUGGUGUGGCCAUUAGAACCCGGAAGGAUAUUGAUGUGUGUUAUGCAUUUGUUGAAUUUGAAGAUAUCACUGGCGUUCAGAAUGCAGUAAAGGCAUCUACUGUUCAGAUUGCUGGACACCAACUAUACAUAGAAGGGCGAAGAGCCAACAGAAGCUACUCAUCUCGAGGAGGAAGAGGAAGGGGUAGAGGCAGGGGUAGCUAUCAAAUGGAUGCAUCAAGGGGGCGUUAUGGUGCACGAAGUUUUGGCAGGGGGAGUGGUCCGGAUGAAGGUGACCGGGAUUACAACCGACAAAGAGGAAAUGGUUUCUACCGACAAGGUUCCCGUCAGGACAGAGUGUUCUCGGGCAACCAUCAAAUGUCAAGAAAUGGACAGUAUCCAUCGGACUGAACAAUAACUGAAGCCUUGUGAAGCAUAAAAGCCAAGUUUUUGAUCAAAGUCAUUUUCUUUCAGCACAUUCACCUUUAUGGUUCUCAAGAACCAAAAAUAUAUCUAAUUAGAUGUGCUGGGAAGAUGCCUCGUUAUAUUCGUUUUUGGUAAUUGCAAUUGUCAUUUUUAUUUACCUUUAUAGGCUUCCUAAUUGGUUCACAUAAUUCUGUGUUUUCUACAAUAGUGAACUACAUUAUUCUAAUUUAUUGAACUAUCCCUUCUUUCAAUAAGCUUUUAUUUAUUGGUAAAGGAAACUGUUGAGUUGAUGCUGGGUUGAACUGUUUCUAAGAAUCUGAUCAUAUCGGAA